AUGCUGUUCGGACGGCAGGCACUGCGACCACUUGUUGUCUCGAUUGCCUUGACGACUCUAGGAUACGCGGCAGAUACGACUUCCACUACUAGCGCGGCGACAACGAGCAGUUCGAUACCUUCUACUUCCUCCUCGACUGGCAUUGCGACACACACUGUCCAAGUUGGUCCCAAGUCGAGUCCACAUGCCUACGUCCCGAACAGUCUCACAGCAAACCCUGGCGAUGUCAUUGUUUUCGAAUUUUACCCGACAAACCACUCGGUCGUGAAAGCAGACUUUGAGGCGCCUUGCGUACCCGCUAGUGAAGGCGUCUUCUACUCGGGGAGCUUCAACAGCUUCAAUGAAAACGAUGGUCAACUUGUUGGUCCGCCGCCGACCUGGUCAGUGAUUGUCAAUGAUACCAAGCCAACGUUCUUCUAUUGCACGGCAAUCGGCUCCUGCCUAUCAAAUGGAAUGGUGGGCGUCAUCAACCCGAACUCGACCGAAACCUUCGAAGAGCAAUAUAAAAAGGCACUCACCUAUCCCUAUAUGCUGGUACCCGGCCAGUCCCCGCCCGCAGAGGGCGGCGGCUCCGACUCAACCUCGAGCACCUCGAGCGCAACGGCCAGCGCGACGGCCAGCAGUGGCGGGGGCGGAGGGUUGAGUGGCGGAGCGAUUGCCGGCAUUGUGAUCGCAGCCGUGGCGUUCAUUGCUAUUUUGGUUGCACUCUUCUUUGUCCUCGGUCGCAAUCGCGUCUAUUCACAAUGGAUGUCUUCACAAGACGGGCGGACCGAGCGCACGGCGAGAUGGGCUUUCUUUAACAACGCUGGUGGUUCCCACGGCAAUCGCAAGAGUGAACUCGACAGCAAUACUCCUCAGACGCCGGGUAUCGAUGUCACUUCUGUGGGGAGCCCAGACCCGACCAUGCGGCACUUCUCACCAGGUCCAGAGUCGGUUUCUGCCGUUGGGACCUCAUCUCCUCUUUAUAAUGCUGGCCAAUGGAACUGGGAUGUGUCGCAGAAUCCGCGCAGCACUCGGCCUCCAACUGAGUUGGAAGCAAACAACAUAAUCCAUCAACUUCCAGAGAGGAGGGGGUCAUAA